AUGCCUUAUCUCGAUCAGUACAGCCCCUUGUACUCAUACGCGGGUGGCAGCACGCGCACUGGCGUCGGGGGCUUAAGAGCAGCUGAACACCUCGGAAGAGCACUCGCAGAAGUAGACGGUCUUUUCGCCGGCUUCACCCACCUGGAUGAAACAGAACCUGAAUCGAGAACCAGUCGCUCGAGUAGCCGUCAGGACGACCUUGCGCUUGAGUUGGACUCGUUAUGCAGCACAGCUCCCAACAGUACCAGUACCCCAGACUCACAGCCUGAUUCUACCGACCCCAGAAAUCAGGCUCGGGAAAAUGCUUGGGCGUCCAUACGAACUGUUCGCGAGGGAAUGCAAAUUCUCUGGGAACAUUUCGUCGACGUUUCUUACGAUGUCAACCUCCCAACCAUCAACAACAUCCGCGCCAAUUACUACGACUCCAAAGGACUUCGUCAAGCAGGAGUCUUUGCUUUUCGCAACACAUUAACUGGGCCAGCACCAAAUGAUCUCAUCAAGAUCUUCGCCUUCUGCAGUUUAUCGUACGUCGUGUCGCGUCUUCUUUACUCAAGAGGGCGGUUAGCAGAAGGCGACAUCCUCGCUGGCAUCCGCUUGUGGCUCAACGCUCUCGAGGAUGAAGAUGAGCGAAAGGCCUUCGAAAUUCUCGCACAGCGGCUUUGGCCCGAAGCUCGAAACCAUCUCCAUUUCACUGAUUUGAACAUGGGAGAGCAAUCGCGCAAGCUGUCGACCUCUCUGCAACGAGGUGGGACGCCAGUCUCGACACCGUCCACCCAGACAUACCCAGUCUUGCCACUUGCCAGCCUUGGGCCUCAAACACAGUCGAUGUAUGAGCAACCAGCACCGGCGUAUUCAUACGAGUUGGGAAACUCCCAUGACCUGGCCACUGCACCAGGUCUUGAGGCCAUAGAUCCUGUGUUCGCGAACAUACUUGCGACAGACAUUUCGCCAGCCUACGUUCAGAAUCUGACCGAUCGGACAUACGACGAGUUCAAUUUCUCGCUCACACUCCCUGGAGCAAACGCUCCAGUUCCUGAACCUGGCCCAAUUCUCUGGCAUGGGUUCGACCCGGGCCCAGUGCAACCCCCUCACCUCGAUGCCGGCGCAAUUGGAGGCACCGCGCCUUGGAGCGCGACACUGCAAUCCAAUGCAGGCAGUCCAGUGACUAGCCCCUUGAGCCACGACUCGCAAAGCCGAUCGCUAUCAAGCACGCCGAUUGGCGAUAUCCUAGCAGUACUGCAGCAAACAUCUGUGUUCAAAGCUGUCCUGGAGUACAUACGAGAACACGGAGAAUUCUGGUUCGAGCUUGCUGGCCGCGGACUGGUGUCAAAAGACCUCCGGUCAUGUCUCGCCUGGAGUCAAGAGCGCUCAAGAAAGAGAAAACAGAUAGAGGCCUGUUAUAUACAGCCCCUAUCGUCAGAAAAGCACACUAGGGACCUACCAGCUCGUGGAAUAGUCUCCGUUGUGGAAGCAUUCUUCGAUCAAGGCUUGUUGCAAAGCAUCGAGGACAUCAAAAGCUACAUGGAACGUGUCGCUAGUCUAAUGUUCAGCGACCGAGUCGCUUGCCAGGAGUUCCGCGACUGGGUCCACCGCGUUCAGGGAAGUCCAAAGCCUUCGACGUCGACUCCCAUGCCAACUGCUAAGCUAACGGCAUUACUACAACAAACAUGA